AUGGACUUGUCUCGCAAUACUGUUUCCACGAGGGAUGCUCAGGGCAUUUUUAGACAGGGUCUCCUUAGAACCUACCCGGGUAACCGAGGGGUGGGGAUUCCUAAGGUAUGUCGUUGCGGUGAAGAUGUUGCUCUCCACACCAUCCAUGAUGGGAAAAAAUUCUUCGAGUGUACGGGAAACACAAUGGAUGGCCAACCACACCUGAGAACGUGGUGGGAAGAAGCAAUUACGGAACAGUUCGAUGAGCUCUACGACGAGCUUGACGUCAUGAACACAGAACUUUGA